CUGCUGCUACGUCUUAUUCUUCUUCUUCUUCAUUCUCAAUUUCAUGACCGAAGCAGCUCCAGGUGUUGGCCGAUGGGAAUUACUAAAGAGAAGCAUUGGGAUAUCAGCUAUGCACAUGCAACUGCUCAACAACGAUCGUGUCAUCAUCUACGACCGUACAGACUUCGGCGCUUCCAAUCUCUCCUUACCCAGAGGCAAAUGCCGUGACGAUCACCAUGACCAAAUCCUCAAACACGACUGCACCGCACACUCUGCCGAGUAUGCCGUUCUUACUAAUUCUAUACGACCCCUUAUGGUUAAAACUGAUGUCUGGUGCUCUUCCGGCGCUCUCUUCCCUGACGGCCGCCUUAUCCAGACCGGUGGUUACAACGACGGAGAACGUGUAAUCAGAAUUUUCCGGCCGUGUAGUGGUUGUGACUGGGAGGAGAUACCAUUUGGACUCAAUGCCCGACGCUGGUACGCCACCAAUCAUGUGUUGCCGGACGGACGUGUCAUCGUAAUUGGUGGUCGCCGACAAUUCAAUUACGAAUUCUACCCGAAACCAAAAUCGACUAACAGGGUUUUCUACUUACCAUUUCUAGCGCAGACCAGUGACCCAUAUGAAGAGAACAAUCUCUACCCUUUCGUUCACCUCAAUGUGGACGGAAAUUUAUUCAUUUUCGCUAACAAUCGAGCAAUCUUGCUCGAUUAUACCAAGAAUUUUGUGGUGAAGACUUACCCUGUUAUACCAGACGGCCACCCUCGAAACUACCCAAGCACGGGUUCCUCUGUUUUGCUUCCAUUAAAAAAUUUACAGCAACGAUCGGUGGGAGCUGAGGUUCUUAUCUGCGGUGGAGCUCCACGAGGAUCGUUUCGUAAGGUUAAUUCAUCAAGGAUUUUCAUCGAAGCAUUAAAGACAUGUGGGAGGAUCCGAAUUACUGACCCGAAACCAACUUGGUUCAUGGAAACAAUGCCAUUGGCGAGAGUGAUGGGAGACAUGAUUUUACUCCCCAACGGACAUGUUUUGAUCAUCAACGGAGCAGUAAGAGGGACUGCCGGGUGGGAGGAUGGUAAAGACCCGGUGUUCAAUCCGGUUCUAUACCGACCCGAUAAUCCACCUGGGUCUCGGUUUGAAAUCCAAAACCCAACCUCCAUUCCUCGUCUUUACCAUUCUAGUGCAAUACUACUCCGUGAUGGCCGAGUUUUGGUCGGAGGAAACAAUCCCCAUAGAUUUUACGACUUCGCCGGCGUUCCUUAUCCGACGGACUUAAGCUUAGAAGCAUUCUCACCGGCGUACUUGUCGUCGGAAAAUUUGAAAUUCAAACCAAGGAUUAUCUCUCCGAAGUCACAAACGAAGCUAAGUUAUGGGCAGAGACUGGUAGUAAGGUUCUUAGUUUCGGGUGCUGUGAAUAAGAAGAGGGUAUGGGUGACAAUGGUGGCUCCAUCUUUCACGACACACUCCUUCUCCAUGAAUCAGAGGCUUUUGGUUCUGGGUGGCGGAAAUGUGUUGGCGGCGCCGCCACCGACGAAAUUGGCAUAUGAUGUUGCAGUGAUUACUCCAAAUUCAGCUUUCUUGGCACCUUCUGGGUAUUAUCUUCUAUUCGUGGUUCAUCAAGAGAUACCCAGUGAGGGGAUUUGGAUUCAAAUCCUAUAAAAUAAUACUGUAGUUUUGAUU